AUGGCCUCGCUGGACCUGCCCUACCGGUGUCCGCGGUGCGGGGAGCACAAGCGCUUCCGCAGCCUCUCCUCGCUGCGGGCGCACCUGGAGUACAACCACACCUAUGAGACCCUCUACGUCCUCUCCAAGACCAACAGCAUCUGCGAUGCCGCCGUCUUCCCCCUGGCCCCCGACGGGGCCCUGCUGACUCCAGCCACCCGGCGGGACUACUUUGAGAGCACCUCCUUCCAAGGCAAGGACCAACGCUUCUCCUGCGACCUCGUCCCUGCUGAGGAGCUGGAGCCAGCUCCGUCCUCCUCCCCUACGCCCCGCUAUGUCCACGAGAUCGAGAUCCCCCUGACGGAGAUCUUCACCCGGGGCAAAGCUGUGGCACCGGCCCCUGUGCCACCGGCCACUAUGGACUCUGCCUAUGAGGAAGGCUUGGCCCGCCUGAAGAUCCGCGCCUUUGAGAAGUUGGAGGUGGACAAGCGGCUGGAGAAGCUGACGGAGGAGGUGGAGCAGAAGAUCGCCUCGCAGGUGGGCCGGCUGCAGGUGGAGCUGGACCGCAAGAGCUCGGAGCUGGAGAAGGCCAAGCAGGAGAGCCUGCGGCUCAGCCGGGAGAAGCAGGAGCUGGAGGACCGGGCAUCCGAGCUGUCCCGCCAGGUGGACGUCAGUGUGGAGAUGCUGGCCUCCCUCAAGCAGGACCUGGUGCAGAAGGAGCAGGAGCUCACCCGCAAGCAACAGGAGGUGCUGCAGAUCGACCAGUUUCUGAAGGAGACGGCCGCCCGCGAGGCCAACGCCAAGGUCCGCCUCCAGCACUUCAUCGAGGAGCUGCUGGACCGGGCGGACCGGGCCGAGAAGCAGCUCCAGAUCAUCAGCAGCAGCUGCGGCACCACCCCAAACGGCAGCCUGGGACGCUGCGGCACGCCAGGGGCCAAGGCCGCCGGCCGACUGAGAGACCGGCACCCGGGGCCGGGGGCGGCCGUGCAUGGUCCUUAUGGUGUGUCCAACCAGCGCUCCUCCUCCAGCACCGGGGCCUCAAGUCGGGCGAAAGCCGUGUCACAGAGCUCGGGCUGCUACGACAGCGACAGCGCAGAGCCGUGCCCCACCGAUGACACCGCUGACGGGCAUCCCUACCCGGCGCGGGACAGCGCCCGGGGCUCAGGGCUGCGCCGGCAAGCCAUCCAAAACUGGCACCGCCGGCCCUACCGCAACAGCACCGAGGGCGAGGAGGGCGACGUCUCCGACGUGGGCUCCCGCACCACCGAGUCGGAGGCCGAGGGCUGGGAGCCAGAUGCACCUGGAUCCGCAGCAUCCCGACCCGCGGGCAGCUGCCGGCUGACGGCCAGGACGGAGGGGGCCGGGGGCAAGGUGGGCCGGCUGGAGAGGGGCAGCCCGGGCCACUCCAGCGAGGUGAUCAGCCCUGAGAUCCUCAAGAUGCGGGCGGCUCUUUUCUGCAUCUUCACCUACCUGGACACCAAGACCCUGCUGCGGGCAGCCGAGGUGUGCAAGGACUGGAAAUUCGUAGCCCGGCACCCGGCUGUGUGGACACGGGUGCUGCUGGAGAACGCCAGGGUGUCCUCCAAGUUCCUGGCCAUGCUGUCUCAGUGGUGCACCCAGAUGCACUCCCUCACCCUCCAAAACCUCAAGCCGCGCCAGCGAGGGAAGAAGGAGAGCAAGGAGGACUACAUGAAGAGCACGCGGGGCUGCCUGGAAGCCGGGCUGGAGUCCCUGCUGAAGGCGACGGGCAGCAACCUGCUCAUCCUCCGCAUCUCGCACUGCCCCAACGUCCUGACGGAUCGCUCGCUCUGGCUGGCCAGCUGCUACUGCCGGGCCCUGCAGGCUGUCACGUACCGGAGCUCUACGGACCCCGUGGGUCAUGAAGUCAUCUGGGCCCUUGGAGCAGGUUGCAGGGACAUCAUCUCCCUCCAGGUCGCACCUCUGCAUCCGUGCCAGCAGCCGACGCGUUUCAGCAACCGUUGCCUUCAGAUGAUCGGCCGGUGCUGGCCGCACCUGCGGGCGCUGGGCGUUGGAGGGGCAGGCUGCGGCGUCCAGGGACUGGCGUCCUUAGCCCGAAACUGCAUGCGGCUUCAGGUCCUGGAGCUGGACCACGUGGCGGAGAUCAACCAGGAGGUUGCGGCGGAGAUGUGCCGAGAGGGGCUGAAGGGGCUGGAGAUGCUGGUGCUGACCUCCACGCCGGUCACCCCCAAAGCCCUGCUGCACUUCAACAGUGUGUGCCGGAACCUGAAGUCCAUCGUCGUGCAGGUGGGCAUUGUGGACUACUUCAAGGAGCCCCACAGCCCUGAAGCCAAGAAGAUGUUUGAAGAAAUGGUGAACAAACUCCAGGCCCUGAGGAAAAGACCCGGCUUCUCCAAGAUUUUACACAUCAAAGUGGAAGGAGGCUGUUAG